CCUGCAGGCUAUUAUCCAGUUCAAGAGAAAUGCAUAUCUCAGGGAGUCGUAAAAAAGACGUGGAGAAGAGAAUGCCAAGUUAUACGCCUAACAUUGUGUACGGUCUUGAUUCUCUCCCCUAACACUGAUGCCAAAUCGUAUUUGUUCAAUAUGCCGAACUCAGAAAGAAAGAUCAUGGCUCCCAGUGUGAAUGCAGCGGGCUACUAUGCAAACAGUGCCAUGUUUGAGUGCCUCGUGUGGAUUCAGCUGAAAUUAGCUAGCGUCAAGGGGCUUCACGGCUAGUGCAUUUGUAGCCGAACUUCGAUCAAUCAACCAAUUAGCUUUUGAAUGCCUUAUUGAUAUUCUGGCACUGGCCAGUUACACGGAAGUCGCUUCAUUUUUUUCCGCAUCCCAGACAUAUACUCGAAGGGCAGCCACAAUGACCAAAACAAGAAGUUGGAACUUUGGUUGCUCUUGUGCUUCAUUGGAAGUCCCGUUUUCUUUUCUUUUUCCCUGCAGAUCUUCUUCUGCCCUGCGUUUGAACGGCAUCCAAUUGGACGAUGAUUGGUACCUGCGUGUGAACCACAGAUCCCCAAUCCUCUUAAUGUCCGGUGAAUCUAUUGGAGACUUGAUCUGGACACCGACUAUCUCCGUUUCAGACGAUCUCUCCUUGAAAGGGGUCACCGAGCAAAAUUAUCUAUUUGACAGUCCAUUCGAUAAUGAUGCGCGAUUUUGUUUUCUCUGCAAGUUAAAGUACAGGGAUACUGCCAGCAUUGACGCGCAAUCGCAGCGAUAUCGCUCUAGAAAUCCUUCGGCGCCGAGAGGCGGUGAAAUCCUGCUCAGAUUGGACCCCGUAGCCACACGACUGAGCAUCAAGUGGCAAUGUCGAAGAAGACUCGACAUGGCGACUUUUCGUGGACUCUCUGAACAAGACUUGAUGCAGAUACGGCAAAGUCGGGUCCCCUUAUACACCGGAAUGCAGAUAAGCGCCUUUGCCUCUCUAUAUCGGAAGCGUGUAGAAUCAGAACAAAGACUAGAAAGAGCACAAUGGGGCCGUAAAUCAUCAGUUCCGGGGAAGGGCUCUCCACUCAUUGCGGGGCUACCCGGUACUCUGGGACAUAUUGUUUUGGGGUAUACGCGCCCACCGGUGGGUGCUUCAGCUCUGUGCGAAGACUUUCAAAAUGAGGCUUGCCCUCUAUCUCAAACCAUGUCUCUGCUCACCUGA